AUGUGGUGGACUCCAGCAACCCAGCCUCGUCCACUGACAACCUUGCCGCCGCCCUCCUCCGAUGAAAUCGAGGCGAUAAUUUCCGUCACCAAGGGUUUUCUUGCCGCGCUGAACACAAAGUCCUCGGUCGAGUUUGACAAAUACUGCGUUCGAGCAGGAGGGAUGGCACUCUGGCCGCCACCUCCUACACUCCCUCGGUUUUGCACAAUCGGUGCUUUUGUGGAACAGAUCGCCAAAGUGACGGACGAUAUCGAUGAACGGAUCUGGGACCCAGAGGUCAAGGCAUAUGGCCUGGGAAACCUUGCCGCCGUGUGGGCACCAUUCAGGGCGAAGGUCAACGGAGUAGUGGACCAUGUGGGCGUCGAGCUCUUUAUUCUUCAUAAAGUGAAUGGUGAAUGGAAGGUGACGGGGUUAGCUGAUUCAUGCCGAAUUCCCACGGAAGAGGAGAAGCAAUUGCUCCUGUAG